AUGGGGCGACCAAAACAGCGUAAUGGCUUUGGCUUAUUGAAGGCGACAAGGCAGGACUAUAAACACACGGAGGAGGUCGAGAGCGUUCAAUUUUUGACUGCCAGCAGUACCCCAGUACUCGAACCAAGUGUUAUCGUAUGUGACUCGGAACCGUCCAUCGUAUCGCCAAUCCCAAUACAACAGUCUACAUCGACUGUAGAUGAGAGCUUAGCAGUAUCACCUGAGGUUGUUGGUGCGGAUCAACGGGAGAGUACUGACGAUCCUGAGAAUACUCCUACGAAGAUUCUGCCUCAUCCUGCUACUCCAUCACACAGUCAUGGACAUAUGUCGAGUACCAUCACUCCUGUCAGUCGAUCGGUAUUGUACAGGGGAUCGGAGGCAACAUCGUUGAAGCGCGGCCUCAUCAUGUCAUCUCAGCAGGCGAUAAAGGGCUGGAUACAGAGGAAUAAGGGAGGGUACUGGGAUAGGUGGAAAUGGUGCUUUGCUGUUCUGGUUGUUGAUGAUGGCUUCACUAGAUUGAGCCUAUGGCGAACUGAUAGGGACUUUGAGGAUCGAUUAGUGAACGCCUUGUCAAGCUGCAUGCCUUUUGACUCGUACACCUUCGGAGGACGUUGUGGCAAACACGUUGUAUGCGAGUCUGACUGGGGUCGAGUACUGGUUGUAUUCGAUCAUGAAGGCAACUGCUGUGUGAAGCUACGAUGCAAAGAGCCGAAGUCCUCUCCUUAUACCAUUACUGGAUGGUUCGACAUGAUCACAACGACGACGCCCAUCGUCUGA